AUGAUCCAUUCUAUAUCCGCAGCUAAGUCAUCAGUCGCUAGAUUUGCCAACGCCAGCAUGUUAAGGGCAUCUGGUGCCAACUUUGUGCGCAGGCCCUACUCCAUCAUCUCUGUACACAGAGACACCACUGAAGACAACCAAAACUUGCCAUUUGAGUUCGACAAGACCAACUUAGCCCGUGCAAAGGAGGUCAUUGCUAAAUACCCAGCACAAUACAAGAAGGGAGCCGUUAUGCCGCUCUUAGAUCUCGGCCAACGUCAGUUAGGGUUCACCUCUAUUUCAGUGAUGAACUAUGUUGCCAAGUUGUUAGACAUGCCACCAAUGAGAGUUUACGAAGUUGCCACUUUCUAUACCAUGUACAACAGAGCCCCAAUGGGAAAAUACAAUAUACAAGUCUGUACUACCACUCCGUGCCAAUUGUGCGGAUCCGAUGAUAUCAUGGAAGCAGUAAAGAGCACUUUAGGUAUCAAACCAGGCCAAACCACUGAUGACAAGAUCUUUACAUUCCAAGAAGUUGAGUGUCUUGGUGCUUGUGUUAACGCCCCAAUGUUGGCUGUUAACGAUGACUACCAUGAAGAUUUAACCGCCGACAACACCAAGAAGUUAUUGGAAGACUUAAAGGCAGGUAAGGAAGUCAAGCCUGGCCCAUACUCAGGUAGAGAAUCCUGUGAGCCAUACUCCGGUAGAAAGGUCUUGUUAGGUAAGGAGCCAACUGAUAUAGGUAAGUUCAUUCAGCCUGGUUUGUAA